AAUUCGCCUACUAGAGUGCUGGGACCACGCGCAAUCGACGGAGGCGGAUCUUACACCAUUGACGCGCCGCCAUCAUCUGGAGACGGAGCAAUCUCUCGAGGACCGGCUGACCAGUGGCCAAAUCAAUAUCCGACUUUACCAUCUGCGCAGCGACAGAACGGGUACCUAAGUGUUCAAUACUUGAUCCUUGCUUUCAUUACUCUGCUAUGCGUUGGCGCGGGACCCUACGCUGUGAGGAACCUUGAUUCACUUCGCAACUUGAUGCCUGAAUCUGCCACGAAAGAGAUAGCCGUACCUAUUUCUGUACCGCUCCAAAUUCAGGUUGAUAUUCCCCCACAUGCUCGAACUGAGGCUGUUCCUGGACCCACCACCCCGCUCGUUCGUGAAGGCGAGCCAGCGGAGGAGAUUAUCUUCCCACACGAGUCUCCCGCGACGAAUGGCACUGCAACGCCCAAGGUCCACUUCGCCGCGGACGGUGUUGUGCAAGCCGGAGACGAGUCCCCAGAAGGAGAAGAUCAAAAGGGCGAGCCAAAGAAGAAGAAAGCCACGCGUGGUCGGCGAGGCGGACGAAAGCAGAAGGAGAAGGAAGCCGCCCAAGCAGAGGCAAGAGCUCGGAAGAAUGGCAGUGACACAUCUCAAGCACAAUCCAUUAGUGUUGCAGCGUCAGAGAGCACGUUAGCAUCUGAUUCCAUCCAGAUCAACAGCCUCAUUGUCCAUCUCGACAAGGUCAUUGGCAAUGGCAGCGGCGGUACAACUGUGUACGAAGGCAUGUUCGAGAACCGCCGUGUCGCCGUGAAGCGGAUGCUGAGUCAGUACUGCGAAUUGGCAUCUCAAGAGGUGUCAUUCCUGCAGCAAAGCGACGAUCACGACAAUGUGAUUCGGUACUUCUGCCAACAAAAGGACAACCACUUCUUGUACCUUGCUGUCGAGCUCUGCCAAGCUAGCCUUUUUGAGGUUUGGGAAGUGGACAAACCAAAGUCGGAGAAGGCACUGAUUCCGAGCGACGAAAGACGGCUUCAGCUUUCAGCAUUGAAGCUUGCAAUCCAGCAGGACAUGGCCCGCACACUCAAGCAACUCGCACAAGGCUUGAAUCAUCUCCACAACCUGCGUAUCAUCCAUCGAGAUAUCAAGCCGCAGAAUAUCCUCGUGGCUUACCCGAGAAAGACGCAACCUGUGGGAACCACCCGCGUAGUCAUUUCAGAUUUUGGCCUGGGAAAGAAUCUACCCGAAGGCAUGAGCACGAUCAACGACCUCACCGGUAAUGCCGGAACCUUUGGAUGGAAGGCGCCAGAGCUGAUUACCCAGCCUUGUGACGUGGAAAGCAAUCACAGCAAGGGCGCUUCGACGAACGGCAGUGACGGUGGCAGCGGCACCGGCGGUGGCGUCAGCGGUCUCAAGCGUGCUGCGGAUAUUUUCUCAUUAGGAUGUCUGUUCUUCUGGGUCUUGACUGACGGCGCGCAUCCCUUCGAGGACGAAUCCAUGUUCCCAGCAGUGCGCGAGCUUAAUGUCAAGAAAGACAAGAAGAACAUGGAGCCUCUGGAGCGCUGGUCUGACGCUUAUGAGCCCCUGCAGCUGAUUGGUUCAAUGUUGGCGAAUGAACCUGCGAACCGCCCCACUGCCCACGAGGUGCUCAAUCAUCCUUACUUCUGGGAAGCAGAGGACCGCUUGUCAUUCCUGUGCGAUUGCUCGGAUCACUUUGAGCGCGAGCAGCGCGGUACGUGGGAAGACAACUACAUCGGAGACUCGCCUCACCUUCAAUUGCUCGAAAGUCGCAUCUUCGAGAUUGUUGGCCCAAAUGCAGACUUCUUGUCCAAGUUGGACAAGGUGUUUGUCGACACCCUUGGUAAGCAGAGGAAGUACAGCGGCAACCGCGUGCUCGACCUCUUGAGAGCGCUCAGGAACAAGAAGAAUCAUUACGAGGACAUGCCGGAACACGUGAAGAAGCUCGUUGGUCCGCUAGCUGCUGGGUACCUGGCGUACUGGACUCACAAAUUCCCUCGCCUGUUGAUGGCGUGCUACGAGGUGGUUCGUGAGGCAAACUUAGAGGGUAGCGACCGCUUCAAGAGAUAUCUCGAGCUCUAGGAUAGCAUCUUCAACAUAAUUGGCGGCGAUCUAAAUUUCAUCUUUCUUGCGCGC